AUGAUAGGCGCAGCGCGUGUGCCUGCUUUCGUAUACAUGAGACGUUGUCAGACGUUUCGUAGGAAGAUUAGAUCGACAGAACAUCAACAACAUGUCAUUGAAGCGAUAUGUAUUCAUGUACAUACUAUUAUUAUAAUUGCACUAUUAUUAUUAACAUUAUUAUUAUUAUUAUUAUUAUUAUUAUUAUUAUUAUUAUUAUUAUUAUUAUUAUUAUUAUUAUUAUUAUUAUUAGUUUUAUUACUGUAA